AUGCUGGGAAUUCUGGAGAUUGUUGCUGGGGCUAAUGCUGGAUCUGGAGGCCGUGGGUCUGUUAAAGAACGACUCCGGUCCAAUGGGGCUGAGGUAUUUAGGGGCAUCACUGGAGUUGCUCCUAAUGUGGCUGAGUACUGGAUGGAGGCCACGGAGCGUAUUAUGGAUGAUCUAGAUUUUACUGCCAAGCAGAAGCUCAAAAGGGCUGUUUCGUUGCUUCGCGAUGAAGCAUAUCAGUGGUGGCUGAUGGUUAGGGAUGGCACUCAGCCUGAUAGUCUGACGUGGGAUUCGUUUAAGACGGCCUUUCAGAGCAAGUAUGUGGGGGCCAGUUAUAUAGAUGCCAGGAGGUGUGAGUUCCUGAAUCUUACUCAAGAAAAUCGCUCAGUGGUCGAGUAUGAGGCCGAUUUUUUGAGGCUGAACUGUUACGCACGAGGUAUGGUGGCAACUGAGUAUGAGCCCUGUAGGGAGCGUGAGUUUGCCGUGUUGGUCGAGAAGGCCAAGAUUGUAGAGGAGGUCAAGCGCACUGAGCGCCCAAACCGUGAGAAAAGAAAGGUUAAGAGGGAUUCUAAGUCUUCUGAUACUGGGAUGAGGACUAGGAAAAAGGUUAGAUCUGAUGGGCCUGUGAGAGUUGGGCCUAAUGUUACACCUGCUGGGGUGGCGAUUUGUCAGCUUUGCAACAGACGCCAUUUGGGCGAGUGUUGGAGGUCUACUGGAGCUUGUUUGAGGCGUGGGUCGACUGAGCAUUGA